UAUCAAAAUAAAAAUAUGGCAGCUUUAUCCAAGAUCAUGACGUCACAGAUACGUCCGAGUAGCAGCCCCGUGACGUCACGAUCUUCACAAGUCAUUGUUGUGCUGCCGUCGAAGAAGGACGACCGUCACUUGGUGUGAUUUGUCCCACAUCUCUACGAACAUGAAUCACUUUGCCGUUUUCUUCGCGUUUUUGGUGGCAAGCAUUGUCGGAGCAGUCGAAUUUGCUCCCACAGCUGUCGCACCGCCCCAGUUCAAAACUACCCCACCAUCUGAGACCCAGCAGCAGUUCCAGUACGUGCAGACGGUUUACAAGGAAACUGACCACAAGACUCUGCUUCACACAGUGGAACCUCUUCAGCCAUCGUAUGUAGUCAAGUACCAGUCAACCAGCUACUCCACAAUCAACAACCAGACGAUCAAAACAGAAUCCGUCGAGUUUGCCACUGUUGUCAACACAACAGUUUUGUACAACUCUGAGGACAUGCAGUUGUAUACCUACGUUGGUGCUCCCACGUACUACCAGACUUUGGAGUUCGCAACUCAGAAAGUGGAGUACACGCCCAUCAAGGACAACACCACUGGUCCUGUAACGGUCACUGAAACUAAUGCCCUUCCCUUUAUAUAGAGUUGGUAAUCAGCGUUUGUUAAUUAUAAGCCAUGAUACAGUCUUCGAGAGGUAUUUUUUGUCAUCGGAAUCUAAAGCAUAGUACAUUAAUUUGGUGCAAAAAAUUAAUUUUUUUUUUUUACAACCUCUGAAGAAAUAAAUUCAAGAAUGUCCAAUAAGUGUUCUGAUCUCAGUAUUAUAAUUAAUUUAGCAAAAUUAUCUUUUACGACACUGUGCUCGUUUCGAAAAUGUUGUUUUCUCAUUAUGUAUGUAAAUUUCUCUAACUUCGUCAAAUUUUCUAUGGAUUGGUGAAUCUCGUACUUUGUCAAAGGAAAUUUGUUGUGUUGUAUUCACAUUCUCCACUUAUAUAAAUGUUUCUGACAGCUCAAGAAGUGCCGAGUCUUCCGUUUGUGCUUUUUAUUGUAGACAUAUUGUAGUCUCGACUAUGUACUGUAGUCGCACAGUAUAUAUUUGUGGUUAUUCCGUUAUAAUCUUUAUAACAAGACAUUGUCAGUGAAGUCAAUUCUUGAAAGAAAAUUUAAUCUAUGUAAUAAGACAUUGGUUAUGUAAUGUAUAUUUCAGAAAUAAUACAGUACGUACACUGUAGUUUUUCAGAAAAUAUUACCACAAUUAUAUUUGUGGGAUUGUAAGAUUAAUACAUUUCAUAUCAAAAAAGUCACGGGACCAUUUUCAUUGGUAAUACGUACAUAGUUUGUAAUUUUUGAAGCUUCAGUGACAAACUAUAGUAAGCAUUCACAGCUCAUACAUCAGUACUUGCGUAUGACUAUUUUUUAACGGUGCCAAGAUGCAGUGUUACAUAUACUAUUCAUGUUGCCAUGGUGUUCCAUUAGGGUUAAGAUACAUACUAUGCAUGAAUUUGUGGGACCAAACACAGACGUCUUUAUUACUGUUAUUUUUUUUUAGUCUUGUGCAAGUUUAGUUACCCUCCGCAUGUUGGCUAAUUUAUUUAUACAUUUGUUUAUGCUAUCCUUCAAGUAAUUUGUGACGAUUAAUUUUUUCAAUGUUUCAUUUUAUUAUGACAAGUAUAGUGACAUGUACUCCAAGUUGUUGCUGAUCUGCUUUCACUGGUUCGGUGGGAGCUUGUAAGUGUAUUAUUAAAUAUUUUAAUAAA